AUGACUGAUCACCACCAGGCCGACUUCGUGAUAAAGCUUGGCGGCGGAAACUCUAAGCGCCCAGACCAGCUGACCACAAUUCCAGGAGGCGACUCGUGGCCUAGCGGUGUCACCCCGUCCCCGUUUCAGCCAGCAACCAACCACGCCAACCUCACGCUGAUGGGCAAAUGGGGCAAAAGAGCCAGCUUUAUGGCCCAAUCGAAUGGCUUCGCCCAAAAGAGGUUGAAGUGA